AUGAUCCGUACCUUCCUUCAACCUUCCUUAACAUUUGCUCUUCGUGCUGGUUUUCCCAAAAAAGAUAAUCUUUUGGUAUACCGUUCCCAGCUCGUGGCCACAGUUCGUAGAAUAUGUGCACUACCAUCCCGUGCUUCUGCUUCCUACAUCUUCGCUCAUAAGCGUGUUGGUGGUCUCGGUCUCCUGGAUCCAACCCUUGAGGCUGAUGUCCAGGCUAUAAUUCAUGCAGUUAAAAUGCUCUCCUGUUCCGACCCGAUUGUAAGCAACAUUGCUAAUGCUGAGAUAAACCAAACUGCCCGACUCGCUAGCCGAUCUAAUCCAACCCCUUCUUUAAAAUCAAAAUACCUGUCUAGCCUCCCCGAUGACCGUUUGACCAACUUACGUUAUAACAUUCAAUCAUUAUGGACCCGAGUUCAUAAAUCGACACGUAACCUUGGUGUUGAAAUUCAAUUCAAUGACAAUGGUCUCCCUGUCCUUUCCACUGAGAACUCUGGUUCUGUUCUUGCCAAAGAAGCCAGUCAUUUUCUUUCAUUUUCAUGUUCAAGAUCGUUUUGCUUCCACCUUACCUUGCUCUUCCUGAUCAAGGAAAAGUGGGCCGUGCGCUUACUACCGACACCUUCGCCAAUGGUUCUACCUGGCAAUAUAAUGGAUUAA